AUGACGUCCGAAAGCACCAUCCCCACGGUUGAUCUCACCGCCUUCAGCUCGCCCUCAACACACUCCGACGCCGACCGCCUCGCCGCCGGACAGUCCUUUGUCGCGGUGCUACACCGGUAUGGAUCCGCCAAAGUCACCGGCCACGGCUUCACCACGGACGAGAUCAACGAGGCCUUCCGCUGGAACCAACGCCUUUUCGUCCUGCCCUACGCCGAGAAGAUGAAAGCGCCGCACCCGCCCGGCCCGUUCCCACACCGCGGCUACUCCGGAAUCGACCAUUACGCAGUAGCCGAUACCGCCUCCACUUCCACUUCCUCCGAUAGAACAACGGGCUCGCGCAAGAUCUCCGAUCUCAAAGAAAGGUACGAAGUCGGCAGCGCCCACGACGAUCACGAACCCAACAUCUGGCUGCCCGAAGCCACACUUCCCGGCUUCCGCGCGUACGCCACCUCCUUGUACAAAGGACUUUCUAGCGUCGGCGCCAUCCUCCUCAAGGCCAUCAGCCUAGGUCUCGAGUUCACCCCCCAAGAAGACGACGCCCUCCAACACCUCGCCUCGCACCGCCACAGCCAGCUGCGGCUGCUGCAUUAUCCGGCCAUCCUCCAAGCGCGGCUGGCCCAGGAUGAGGUGUGCACGCGGAUGCCGGCGCACAAUGACUGGGGGGCGUUUACAAUGCUGUUUCAGGACGGUAAUGGGGGGCUGGAGCUGCAGGAUCCGGAGACGGGGGAGUUCCUGCGGGCGGAGCUGGGGGAGGGUGCGUUGGUGGUGAAUGUGGGGGAUAUGUUGGGGCGGUUUACGAAUGAUUAUUCUAGGUCGGCUGUGCAUAGGGUAGCGAUACCAGAGGUGGAGACGGUGGAGGAAAAGGGGGUGCCGGCGAGGAGGUCGAUGCCGUUUUUUGUUAGGCCGGAACCGCCGCAUACGGUGGCGACGCUGCCGCGGUUUGUGAGUGCCGAGAAUCCGGGGAAUUAUGAGCCUGUGCGGUUUGAUGAGUAUGGUGCGCUGGUGAGCAAGUACCACUAUCAGGUGGGCAAUAUUUGA